UUCGUUUGACUUAAUAAACAAAAAAAAAUAAAAUUUUAAUAUUUCGCAGAAAAUUCUUCAAUUUAGUUUAACUUAAAUACUUUGAGAUUCUAAAAGUGGAAAUACUUCGUGAUAUUUGAGAAGAAAUCUAAUAUAAAGAUAUUAGACAGACGAAAACAAAUUUCAAUCUUAACUAGAAAAUAAAAAUGAGUAAUUCGUGGAAAAAUGAAGAAGAAGGCAAGACAAGACGUCAAAGAAGAAAUAAUUCUGAUGGCGAUUCCGAUAUAGCUCAAAAAGAUUUUAAAAAUGAACUUGAUCCAAAGGGCCAUAGACAUGCUUUAGAACAGAACAGUGUUUGCAAGGAUGAAGAUCGAAACAAGAAACUGAGAGAGGAAGAAAGAUGUAGAAGAGAACGACGACCAAGAGAUUCAAAAAAUCCUUCAUCAAAAGGUGAAAGCAGUUCCGAUUCUAAACAACGAUAAAGGCAAUGUGAUCAAGGAAUUUUAAACAAGUCAAUAUUUAAAGAAAUUGCUACAUUUUAUUAAAAGUUAUUAGAGUAAAAGUCAC